AUGGGGUUUCUGUACAACGUCCGCAAAGCGGUCUGGGGCGAGCCGGCGGCGACGAAGGCGGAGAGGAGACUGAUUGUGAAGAUCGACGCGUUCAUUCUCACCUACGUCUGCUUGAUGUACUGGGUCAACUACCUUGACCGAGCGAAUUUGAACAAUGCCUAUGUCUCCGGCAUGCGCGAAGAUCUGGGCUUCGUCGGCACCCAGCUCAACCAGAUCAACACCUGUUUCUACGGUGGCUAUCUGCUCGGCCAGAUUCCCAACAACUUGAUCAUGCAGAAGAUCUCCCCUCGUCUCUGGCUGCCCAUGACUUGCUUCUGCUGGGGCCUUCUCACUCUGGGCACGGCCUUCGUCCACCAUCCAUGGGAGAUCAUGGUCAUUCGAUUCUUUCAGGGCGUGUUCGAAGCGUCCUGCUUCGUCGGCGUACAGUGGAUUCUGGGCUCGUGGUACAAGCCUUCGGAGAUCGGCAAGCGUACUGCAAUCUUCACUUCUAGCGGACUGGCGGGCCAAAUGUUCAGCGGCAUCAUGCAGGGCGCGAUCUAUCGGAAUCUUAACGGCAGGCAUGGUUUUGCUGGAUGGCGAUGGCUUUUUGUGAUCGAUGCGCUAAUCACCAUUCCUGUGGCGUUCUUCGGGUGGCUGUGCUUUCCCGACACGCCAGAGUCCACGCAGGCGAAGUACCUGUCGACUGAGGAGCGGAUCCUUGCGACUGAGAGACUGCCGGAGGUGAAAGUUGUUCGUGGUAAGAUUGGGUUGACUUUGAUCAAGAGAGUGCUUGGGACCUGGCACUGGUGGGCGUUCGUAACUCUGUGGAUCGCAAACUCCAACACAGAAAUGUUCUCUACAAACGGCAACUACCAGCUCUGGAUGCGCGGCACAGGUGACUACAGCAUCGAACAAGUCAACUACGUCCCAACCUCGCAGCCUGGCUUCGGCAUCGUCUGCACGCUCUUGCUGGGAUGGUACUCCGACUACAACCCGCGCAGAAACCGCUGGCAAGUCGGCUAUCUGUUGACUAUCACAGCGAUCAUCUCGGGCGCGCUCAUGCUGAGCAAACCUAGCGCGGCGGGCAGAUUUGCGGCGUUUAUCAUCAAUGGUGCUCAGUUUGCGGGCCAGACUGUAAUGUUCGCCUGGGCCAACGACCUAACGCGCCACGACGACGCCAAGCGCGCCGUCAUCAUGUCCUCGAUGAACAUGUUCUCCGUCGCGAUCUACAUGUGGUGGAGCAUUGUCUUCUACAAUGCCACACAAGCGCCCGACUGGCAUGACGGCAGUAUUGCGAUGCUGUGCAUGGCGGCUUUCUUGGGUGUGGUGAACACGUGGUGCUUGUGGGGACAGAAGCGGCAGGAGAAGCAGGAGAGGCUGGAGGGUGAGGGACAUGGGGGAAGUUUUGAUGAGGGGUAUGACCCGGAGAAGGUUGAUGAUUUGGUCAGGGGGGAGGAGAAGGGGAGGGGACGGGUUGCGGUGGAGUGA